CAAGCUAAGCAAACGAGAGAGAGAGAGAGAGAGAGAGACUGCUCCUGCAAUUGCAAUGGCAGCUCGCAAGCGCGUCUCAUCAAAACCCUCUCCUCAGACUCAAAUCUCAGAUGAGAUCCCAGCCGUUGAAACCCCUGCCCCAACAGAUCCUUCCUUAUCCGCCUUCUCACUCGCUCCUCCGAAGCUGGCCGUCGUCCUCGGCUUCUCGGCCAUUUCUCUCCUCCCCUUCUUCUACCUCCUCUUCUUCCACUACCGCAUCGAUCCCAACCUGAAGCGGUCCAUCGCCAUCAACGCCGCGAUGAGCCUCGGCGGCUUCGUCGCGGCCGUCCGAUUGAUCCCGGUCGCUUCGAGAUACGUUCUCCGACGGAACCUUUUUGGAUAUGAUAUCAACAAGAAGGGAACUCCCCAAGGCGCCAUUAAAGUGCCUGAAUCGUUGGGCAUUGUCGUUGGAAUUGUUUACCUGGUCAUUGCCAUAUUAUUUCAAUACUUCAACUUUACAUCAGACUCCAACUGGCUUGUCGAGUACAAUGCAGCAUUAGCAUCAAUCUGCUUCAUGAUUCUGCUCGGAUUUGUUGAUGACGUCCUUGAUGUCCCGUGGAGAAUAAAAUUGGUGUUACCUUCAUUUGCAGCACUGCCCUUGUUGAUGGCAUAUGCUGGACAUACAACGAUUAUCAUACCAAAGCCCAUUGUUCCAUACAUUGGGUUUGCGGUUUUGGAUCUCGGAUGGAUCUAUAAACUCUAUAUGGGCCUUUUGGCAGUAUUCUGCACAAACUCCAUCAAUAUUCAUGCUGGUCUAAAUGGUCUUGAAGUUGGGCAAACCAUUGUCAUUGCAUCCGCUAUUUUGAUACACAAUGUGAUGCAAAUUGGAGCAUCUUCAGAUCCUGAGUAUCAACAGGCUCACGCUUUCUCUAUUUAUCUUGUUCAGCCAUUACUGGCCACUUCGUUAGCAUUAUUUUCUUAUAACUGGUACCCAUCUUCAGUUUUUGUUGGUGACACCUAUACUUACUUUGCUGGAAUGGCCAUGGCUGUAGUCGGCAUACUUGGCCACUACAGCGAAACACUCCUGCUCUUCUUCCUGCCCCAGAUCCUUAAUUUCCUUUACUCAGUGCCUCAGCUUUUUAAGAUCAUUCCUUGCCCACGGCAUCGCCUGCCAAAGUUUGAUCCUCAAACAGGACUGCUGACUGGAACGAAGGACUUGACACUUGUGAAUGGGUUCUUACGAUGGUUUGGUCGAUGCUCGGAAAAGUCGCUUUGCAUCAGACUUCUGAUUUUUCAGGCUUUGUCAUGCCUUGCUUGUUUCGGGCUGAGGUACAUCCUUACUGGUUGGUACAAAUAAACCAAAAGGCGGCAAGCUUCAAAGCCUUCUGCUGUUUGUCACUUACUGACAUGCGGGAAAUUCGACCAUCACAAACUUUGAGCCUGAACCUCUUUGUAAUAUAGAAUACAGCUUUUUUCCCGUUCUAAUUACAGACGCAACUCAAAUUCGUAGUUUUCGAGUUGCGGAGAAGUAUCUCAUCCAUUUACAACACCUCCACUGAGCGAAUGGACUUGAGGAGCAUUGCCUAUGGGGAGUUAUGUUGUGGCUAUUAUAACUUUUAUUAUUUUAAAUUAGAGUACCAAAAGUCCACGUUUGGAUAUCUUUCAAAAACAAAAAAAGGUCCGGUGUUUGGAUACAGAACCAAUUGAAUUGUGGAGAUUCAGUUUCAGAUUUAUAAGGAACUGACAAAAGAUUGGGCAUAUCGGAAUCACCAUAUGCUUAAGUAAGCAUUCAUCAUUUAAAUCA